AUGGUCAUGAUGUCAAGUCAACUGUACGAGACCCGAGAACAACACUCGGGCUUCGUCGACAAGACACCGUACGCUCAUGCUUACCAGUCUCGCUUUACAGAAGAAAUCAUCAGCGGCGGGGGCUACAGGACUAGAGGCGUAAACUACUUCGACCUCAAGCUUUUGGAGCAUGUCAACUGCAGCUACCUCUCGACGGAGGGCGUCGCGCCCACGCUGCUGGCUCUCAAACAGCAUGCCCAGUCUUUGGCCAUCCUGAUAUCUCAGCUCACCCCGACGAGCCAGUACGCCGAAGUCGACAACUACAACAACACGAACGCCCGCAUCAACAAGUCAUUUAGAGAGAACGAGGCCUUUGACUGGCUCAACGACCUAAACAAACCCUACGAGAACGACGACGCAUGGCACCAGAAGCCCAUCUCAGACCUCAUGAACAAAGUCAGAAACCAGUCUGACACCACAGGCACGGAACACCACUGCCCGCUCCAGACCUUCUCCCCCGACGAGCUCCGCGUGAAGCCGCGGCCCUACGCCUCGCACGCCGCCCUCGCCAUGCACGCCAACGAGUGCCUCGAGAUGCUGGACCACGAGUACGGCGCCACGGGCGGCCUCAUGUCCCUCCUGCCCACGGACGCCGAGGCCGACGCCCCCGACAUGGUGGCCGUCCGCAACUCCCUCCUCGGCCAGUGGCUCCUCUUCGCGCAGCACCUCGUCGCCCGCAUGCACGACCUCGAGCUCGGCUACGCCAACGCCCUCGAUGUCACCGCCGGCGAGGCCGCCGUCCCCAUGCAGAUGCUCUCCCGCGCCGGGCCCGACGGCCUCUCCGCCGGCCGCGAGCUCGCCUACCCGCAGGACAAGUGGGUCCUCGCCAACGCCGGCGACGACGUCUUCGAGCACCUCCACCGCUGCCUCGACCGCCAGGAGGCCCAGAUCGAGCUCAAGCAGGAGAUCUGGGCCGCCAACGGGACCUACGGCGAGAGGCUGUGGAAUGAGACCCGCGGGGGCGACCUCUACGCGCGCGGGCUCGUCUUCUACGACGUCAAGACCCGGUUCUACCGCCUGCAGGGCAAGGGGCGGUCGACCAUCUUCAUGCUGCCGGCGCACGGGGAGCACCCGGCGGUCGCGCAGACGCGGCGGCUGGAGGCGGCGCCGACGGUGGUGUCGGUGGUGACGCCGACGUGGCCGGCGCGGGUGUCGGAGUGGGAGGGCAAGUACAAGGCGAGGCUGGACGAGGCGACGCGGACGGAGAUCCGGCACCACGAGGCGGCGGCGCUGAACCACCGGAUGCGGGAGCACAACGAGACGCUGGCGUCGGAGCUGGAGCGGGCGCGGUUCAUGAACCGCAAGUUCGAGGAGUACUACACGGCGUCGGAGGCGCGGGACGGGGCGGCGCGGCUGGAGAGGAGGGCCGCGGAGCUGGAGGCGGAGCUGCAGGAGAAGGGGAGGGAGGUGGAGAGGUUGAGGGGGAUGAAGGCGCGGCUGGAGCAAGUCCGGCCCGGGCUGGGGGAUAGCUUUAGGAGGUUUCUGUUUGAGGAGGCGGAUGAUGAUGACGAUGAGGAUGAGCAGAUGGAGACGGGUCCGGAGGGGGUUGAGACGAGGCCUAUCACGAUUGUCAGUUAG